GAGUCUGCAGCAGGCUAAUUUGUGACUGUUAUAGCUGGCUAUGGAACACCUCCAAGACGUUGUCCAGCCCAAGUCUGACCACUCAGCAAAAGACUGGGCUUUCCAACAAGACAAUCAGCUCAGAAUGGCCGCUGCACUCAAUCAUGGCACAUACGGUGAUAGCUCUGGCAUUAUGACAAGGCAUAGAGCUGCGAUGGCCGCGAGAAAUUUACAAUCUCCAAACUCUCUCUCAAAUGGCCUCGCAAGUGCUCCGCUUCCAAGCAGCAUCAACUCACCCUUGAGUUCAAUGUAUACGCUUCAAACACCUCUACCAAUUGGUAGACUACCCCUCACACCAACUACGGCUUCUAGCUCCUGUGUCACUCGUUCAACUUCACCUACAAACAGCGUCGCUUCAACUUCUCAAACUUCGUUUUCAUUCCAGCAACAACAGAAUAACUCAGCUGCAGCUACACCGUCACCGAAAGACUCGCCUUCUUCAAAUUGGAUAUCAAAUCAAAUUCCAGGCAUACACUCUCUCAUGGCACCGUCCCCGAGUGGUUCGUCAACCACCUCAAACAGCAGCUCAAUUGGUCCACGUCGUAAAACAAAGCUCAUUAAUGAAACUCGUCGUGCUAUUUGUGUUUUUGCGGAAGAAAAUCCCAGUGCACGUCAAGAAGACAUAGCUAGCCGUUACCAAAUUGAACGUAGUACAGUCUCAAAGAUACUCAAGCAAAAAGACAAAUGGAAGUCUAUUAUUCCAGGUGGUGCAUCCUCACGUGUUGCAAAACACAGACCAUCAAAAUUUCCGGACAUCGAAUCACGUUUAUCUGCAUGGGCACAAGAAUGUGCAUUAAGUAAUCAUUAUUUGACGGAUCAUGCUAUUCGUGAGAAAGCUAAAACCGUCGCUCGUUCACUGGGAUACCCGGAAGAAAAAUUCAAAGCUUCAUCAGGUUGGGUUGAAAAGUUCAAAGAACGUAAUAACAUAAAAAAGGGGAAGGUAAAUGGUGUUCUUCAAUCAUCUGGAGCUACACCAGUUGGUAGUUUGACUCCAUCUGAAUCUGAUAGUACAACGGACUAUAUUGGUCAAGUUAAUCCAUUAGCUACACCAAAUCAUUCAUUCACGUAUACGCAACAACAUCAACAGCAAUCACGUCAAAUACCGUCAGUAGGCCCUAGACAUGAACCACCUUUCGUUCAAGCUCAUCAAGAUUAUGGCCUUUCAGAUCAUCAUGCUAAUAAUCAUUUAUUGGCACUAGCUUCUGCAGCUGUUGCUGUUGAUGACCUCAAUCACGAGAAAUACACAGUUGAGCAAGAGCGACUUGGUCAUGAAAUGGCAUGGAUUAUGGAGCUGAAGAGGAAACUGGAGCAACAGCAACCAAUCAUUGAAUUAAUCAAAUCUGAUGCUAUUCAAAUUACUCGCUUCUAUGAGCAAGGUAGCUUAACUGAAACAGCAUUUAAGCAAGCUGUUGAGAUGUUAUGCCCAUUUGUUGGUAUUGACUUGACUUAUGGAAUAUAUGAUAUCAGAACUUACUUAAUUGAUCGCAUGAAUUUAAUUCUAGCAAGGUUGGGCUAAUGAGGUAGUGGUAUAAGUGAAAAUUUUUAAUAGAACAAGCAACAAAU